AUGUGGAUGGUGCGAGCUGGGCACAUCCCUGAGGGAGCUCUGGGGAGGAAGGUCCUGGAGAUCCAGAAAUCCGGGGGUCUGUAUGACAUCGGGGGGAUCCGCUGGCAGCUGCUCCUCUGCCUCUUCCUCAUCUUCACCAUCGUCUACUUCAGCCUGUGGAAAGGGGUGAAAACCUCUGGGAAGGUGGUGUGGGUGACAGCCACGCUGCCCUAUGUCGUCCUGCUCAUCCUGCUCAUCCGAGGGGCCACCCUGCCUGGAGCCUGGAGAGGGGUUGUCUUCUACCUGCGCCCGGACUGGGGCAAGCUCCUGAGCACCGCGGUUUGGGUGGAUGCUGCUGCACAAAUUUUCUUCUCCUUGGGCCCUGGAUUUGGAGUCCUCCUUGCUCUGGCCAGUUACAACCAUUUCCACAACAACUGCUACAGGGAUGCCCUCGUCACCAGUGCUGUGAACUGCCUCACCAGCUUCCUCUCAGGCUUCGUCAUCUUCACCGUGCUGGGCUACAUGGCCGAGAUGAGGGAUGUGGAGGUGGAGGAUGUCGCCAGAGAUAAAGGGCCCAGCCUCCUCUUCAUCACCUACCCUGAAGCGAUCGCCAACAUGGUGGGAUCCACCUUCUUUGCCAUCAUUUUCUUCCUGAUGAUGAUCACCCUGGGGCUGGACAGCACGUUUGGAGGCUUGGAGGCCGUGAUCACGGCCGUGAUGGACGAGUACCCCCAGGUCCUGGCAGGGCGACGGGAGCUCUUCGUCCUUGGCCUCAUCACCGUCUGUUUCCUGGGCUCCCUCAGCACCCUCACCUACGGGGGAGCCUACGUGGUGAAGCUGCUGGAGGAGUUUGGUGCUGGCUGCUCCAUCCUGGCAGUGGUGCUCCUGGAAACCAUCGCUGUCUCCUGGUUUUAUGGGAUCCAGAGGUUCUCCCACGAUGUCAAAGCCAUGCUGGGCUUCACCCCGGGGUUCUUCUGGAAGCUGUGCUGGGUCGCCAUCAGCCCGGCCCUGCUGGCAUUCAUAGUCAUCAGCUCCCUCCUGGAGCAGCCACCCCUGACCCUCUUUGACUACCGGUACCCCGAGUGGAGCAUCUCCGUGGGAUUCCUCAUCGGAGCAUCGUCCUUCAUCUGCAUCCCCCUCUACAUGGUGUACAAGCUCGUCUGGACGCCGGGGUCCCUCAAGCAGGUGAGGAGCAGGAGGGACAAUCCCACGGCUCCUGGGUGGGCUGGGCUGGGCAGGGACCCCACUCGGGUCAGGCGCUUGGCGCAUCCUCAGCAUCUCGGUGUGGCAAUGAAAUCCCACCGGGAGAGCUUGGGAAGGGCUCGGAGGGAAAUCCGCUGUGCUCUGUCUCUCGCUCAGCGCCUCGCCGUCUGCAUUCGGCCCGAGAAGAUCUCCAGAGCCCCCCAGGCAGAGGGGGUGGGCAUGGCCCCCGUCCUGUAGCGCGGCCGGGGGACACGGACACCGCUCUGGCUCCCUCCUUGGGGCAGCGAUGGGGCAGCUGCCAUCGCCCUCCCGGCACGGAGCGGAGCUGGCAUCACCACGGGCACACCGGUGGCAGCGGAGCGGAGCCCGUUCUCGCUGCCGGCAGGAAAAGCGGCGAUCCACGGCAGGGAGAACGGGACCGGCGCUGCUGGGGCCCGGCAGCCAAGGGGAACCCCAAUUCCCGCAGCGGAUGGAGGGAUCGCCUCGCUCGGAGGUGCCCGCGGGCCCCCCACCCCCGUGCAUGUGUGUAGCUGUGAGUGUUUGGAAAAUAAAGCUGAUGCCGAUGCUCGGAGAUGAGGGGAGGGAGAGGAGCCGGAGCUCGCCGUGCUGUGUUCGUGGAGCGCCGAGCUCGGGCUGGGCAUGGGGACACGGGGGGCUGUCACUGUCCCCGCACACCUUGUCCUGCUACAAAGAUCCAAAGUCCGGCCGAGGAAUUGCCCGAACCCCGGGGCGGGUCCCAGGUGCUGCUGAAGCCGGGCAGGUCGGUGUCUCCUGCCGCCCCAUCCCGGGGGAUCCGGGGAAUAGGCAUUUGAAGAGGGGAAGACCCUAAUACAUCUCAUUUUAAAACCGAAUUUGGGUCGGGGUGAGGCAUCCCUGCGCUGGUGUGAAUCAGCCACCUGCCGUGGCUUCCCGUCGCUCCCAGGGCAGCAUCACCGCGUUCCUCGGUGUUUGGGGGGCUAUAAAACACCUUACAGAACCCACGGGGCUUGGAGGGACACCACGGGGCUGGGGCGGGGAGAAGAUGCCCACGGGGGCGCAGGGACACGCGGGGUGGA